AUGUCGUUUCAAGCAAUCGUUAUACGACACAGUGGUCAGUGGAAAUUAACCGAGUAUGAAGGCAGCGAUGAGGUUGUCGUGUACGUAUCUAAGGAAGAGCUUUGUCAUGCGAAGUUGAUGCAAGAGGUGCACGAUCAAUUAAACGAGGAUGGUCGAUCCACUUAUAUGCUUUUCUACACAUCGACCACGGACGAAGGGCGAAAAAUAAAAGUGGCUUUGAAGGCCGAUUCAGAUUUGAACCGGCUGAUUUCCGAGCAGAAGAAAUAUCUCGUUGUUUACGUGAUCGAGAAGGGCAAACAAUCUGCGGCUCCAGUUCCUCAGAAUCAGGAGCGGGUACAUUAUGAGGGACAGCGGUCUACUGUGUUUCCUAUCGAGACGGACGUUGGAAGAAGUAUCCCGACACACGAUGAUAGUAGGGACGAUUCAUCGUCGCAGGAAGAGGAACACGAGUCCGAGUCUUCGGAUGAGGAAGAAGAUGCGAUACUACGUAGAGAGAUAUUGGAUUCACCCGAUGUCGAGCCUCGUGGCGGAGUUCAGCAGCUUGAGGCACGUGACUGGGGAAUUCCAGUCCUCGAUUUUGACGAUGCGCCGGCAUUAGGUUGGAAGGAUUCUAACGUACUAGAGAGCGGAAUAUUAUCUGUGGGGGCUCUACUCCGGUCGAAGGAUGAUUUGGCGAUCGCUGUUGGCCUGUACCAUAUGGAGAAUCACGUGGAAUACGCCGUGGAUCGUUCCAGUACGACCCGUUUGUGGUUUAGAGCAUCAAUCUGGAGAGUGAUCAAGGUGGUGAUAGAUCAUUCCUGCCACACGGAUUUGAAUCGCACUGCCCCGAGACAAAUUCCGGCGAGGGUUGUUGGAAGAUAUUUUACACGGAAAUUGGUAGGCGAGGGGGUCAUUUUGAAGCCAAAGGAGAUGAUGUUAGAGAUGCAACGCUUAUUCGGUAUUGAGAUCAAUUACAGUUUCGCUCUUUGUGCAAGAAACAUCGCGAUUGAGAUGGCGUAUGGUGAUUUUGGGAACUCGUAUCAGAUGCUCCCAUCGUAUUUGUAUAUGCUGAGAAUGAGUAAUCCCGGCACAUUAUAUGACCUUGAGAUGAAGGAUGAUGGCAAGUUCCAUCAUACGUUUGUUGCACUUGGACAGAGCGUGGCUGCCUUUGAGAAGGGUUACUUGAGGCCGGUCAUCGUCGUAGACGGGACCCAUCUGAAGGAAAGGAACGGCGGCAUUUUGUUCGUCGCUGUUACAAAGGAUGGGAACGAAGGAAUAUUUCCUCUCGCAGUUGGGCUUGGUCCUAUCGAGAACGACGAGUCUUGGACUUGGUUCUUCCACCGACUGCGGACUUGCUUUGGUCAGCCGGAUGAUCUCUUGAUUGUGUCUGAUCAGCACAAGAGCAUCAGAAAUGCUGUGGAGUGUGUCUACCCGAACGUCCCACACGGGUUGUGCUAUUACCAUCUGCAGAAGAAUCUCGCGCAUUAUGGGUUGCAUGUAGCUGCAGUCUUCAAAGCAGUGGCAUAUUCCUAUCGAUCAGACGAUUUUCAAAGGAAUUUUUCUGCACUUCAAGUACUGAAUGUCAACGCGCACACACGUCUCGACACUAUUGGUGUGGAGAGAUGGGCUAGGUCCAAGUGCCCUGUACGACGCACGAGCUUCAUGACGUCGAAUGCUGCCGAGACGAUGAAUAGUAGACUGUUGUGGGCACGACGCCUCCCGGUUGCUUCAUUGAUCGAAACCUAUCGAGCCAUUAUGGAGAAAUGGUUCGAUAGGCGACGCCUCUCGACUGCAUCGAGGUCACAUGAGUUGACUGAGGUAGUAGAGGAAAAAUUGCAUGUGGCUGUCGAAGCGGGUCGGCAAUUGGAUGUUCGAGGGACGACGACGCACAUGUUUAGUGUUGAAGAUGAUCAUGCAUUCUACAUUGUCGAUCUUGAGAAUCGGACUUGUAGUUGUGCUCAGUUUGACCUGGAUGACAUUACGUGUCGUCAUGCUUGUGGCGCUAUUAGGCGUGCAGGAUUGCAAGUCACGGAUUUUGUUGGAAGAUAUUUCAAACAAUCCGUGUUGUUGGCCACAUACAUGGAGCGUAUUGUUCCCGUUCCACAUCCUAUGUAA